UUAUCAGAUAGUCGAUGUGAUUGCCUUAUCUGAAGGUCCUUUGAGUACAGACCCGAUCCAACCCCAUUUUUCAUCUUUAAGUCAUUUGAUACGGCUGUGGUGUGUUCUACAAUCCCCCCUAAUAGAUAAUAAAUAGGUGGUAAUAGUAAGCUCUCCGCUCGGUAAACUGCAUUUUCGAACCGUAUCUAUCCAUGAUAUUUUUAUAACGAAAAUUAUAUUUUCAUUAAACAGAAGCUACACCACUGGUAAUCGUGUAAGAGUUCACCUGUAAAUAAAUAUUUCAUAAAGUUUAUAUAUGCGGGAUGCAAGUUGACUGUAUCGUGCUCGUUCCUUAAGCUUGGAAAAUGUAUACUCGAGACGCUCUUGAUCAUGGGAGAGCACUUUUGAGUUUCUUUCUAUUGAUUGCAGAGUGGCGUUGUUAGAUAAAAAUAUUUAACUUUUUAGUUUGACUUGAUAGGAUAAUUUUUUCUGCUUGUAGGCUGUUUAACACAACGGUAUGUCAUUUAUAGGAGUUGGAAAUCAAAUAAAGAGAUUACAGGAAAAAAAUCUGAUUCAGCUGUUUUCACAGGGUGCCAAAAAAAUGUUUACACUCAUGAAACAUCCUCACAGUGUGUUCAAAACCGCUUGAACAAAUUGAACUGUUUUUGUGAUUCGGUCUAAUGUACAUACAUACAUAUACCCCAUACAUGAUUCAAUAAUUAUUGAAUCAUGGCAUAAACCCAGUUCGUUUGUUUUCACUAACACUUUUUACAUACGAGUUUACAAUUAAAUUUAUACAUUUUUCUUUGACAUAUAAAUUUAAAAAGUGAAUUUAUUGCAUACAAUUAUUUCGAAUCGCAUAAAAAAUUCUUAGUAAUGAACUCACCGCUUGGAUCAUAUCAAUAUGGCGGCCGCCCCGUAAAAACAACGGAAAAUCAGGAAAAAACUCUGCUCGAACAAAUUGCAUUUGUGUGCUCAUUUCUAAUAUUUUUGGCAUUCUUUCCACUUUCAUUACUUGUCUGUUUGGCUGUGAUGAUGGAAUUCAAACGCGCAGUUGUAUUCCGAUUGGGGCGUUUAAGGAAAGGUGGUCCACGAGGUCCGGGAAUAUUUUUCAUUUUACCUUGCAUAGAUGAAUACCAAAGUGUUGAUUUGCGUACGGUGUCAUUUGAUGUGCCGCCACAGGAAGUACUUACAAAGGAUUCAGUGACAGUAUCACUUGAUGCCGUUAUCUACUACAGAAUACAGGAUCCCUUGCGAGCGGUAAUACAAAUAGCGAAUGUUGAGGCCUCUACUAGGCUAUUAGCGCAAACGACCUUACGAAAUGUUGCGGGCACAAAAAUGUUGAUGGAGCUUUUGGCUGAUAAAGACGCCAUUUCGCAAGCUAUUGAGAAGAUAUUGGAUGAAGCAACUGAUCCUUGGGGCGUGAAAGUAGAACUCGUUGAAAUAAAAGACGUGCGACUACCGUUAUCUCUACAGCGUGCUAUGGCCGCCGAAGCAGAGGCCACUCGUGAGGCCAAAGCGAAAAUAGUUGCAGCGGAAGGUGAAUUUAACGCUGCGCAAACCCUGAAGCAGGCAUCAGAUGUUAUCGGAAAAAAUCCUAUUGCACUGCAGUUAAGAUAUUUGCAAACCAUGAAUACGAUAGCCGCUGAACGCAAUACAACAAUUAUAUUUCCGUUUCCAAUUGAUAUGAUGGAUGUUUGA